CCGCCCGGCCACCGCCCUCACCGACGCCGCGGCCGGAGCGCACUUCCGGCCAGGCCGCGGGGGGCGCUGGGAUUUGUAGUUCCAGGCCGCGCGCGCGCAGGCGCAGGAGAGCCGCCAGGUGCGGAGGCGGAGGCCGCCGCGGGUGGGGGAAGGGCGGGGGGAGCCGCCCUCCCUUUUCCGCCCUGCGGUGGGCGCUUUGUUCCUCUAGGGCUCCUCCGCUGCUAAGGUAGCCUCUGCCCUUGCCGCCGUCAUUUCUCUCCGGUGUCCCCACGGACCCCGCUCCGCUUCCUGUAGCUUUCUUGGUUCCCGCCAACUUGCGGGCCAGCUUGUACUGAACUAGAUGGUGCGGAUGCAGAGGUAAAUCAACAUGAUUAGUGCCUUAAAAGCCGCUGUUCUGGAAUCGGUGACAGACCUAAAGUCAAAUAAAUUAGAGGUCAGUGAUACUCAGAGGGACGAGGUCACUGCUGCCGCGAAGCUAAGGGCAGGGAAGGUCAGGAAGACUUCCUAGUGGAGGCGGCAGCUGAUCUGGGUUGGAAAGGGAACAAGAAUUCAUCAGACUGAAAGAGGAAUUUCAGUCCGUGGAAACAGCAUGUGCAAGAGCCCGGAGUGUCAGCACGAUGUCUUCCUCCAGCCCUGAGGAUACCCCCCGAGAGCCUGAGUCUGAGCCUGAACCCUCAACCUCCAAGCAGAAACAGAGGGGAAAGCGGCCACAGCAAGAGGCCAGCGUCCACGCCCUCACCAGGGCUGGCCACGGGGCGCUCCUGGCUGGCCGGAACCACGAAGCCCUGAGCAGCUUCCAGAGGGCCUUCGUCCUGGCCUCGGAGGCCCCGCAAACUCGCGACACCCCUGUGCUCCGGGCCUGUGCCUUCAACCUGGGGGCUGCCUACGUGGAGACUGGGGACCCAGCCCGGGGCCUCGAGCUGCUCCUGAGAGCCCGACCUGAGGAGAAGGCGCAGGGCAGGCGUCACGGCGACCAGUGUUUCAACGUGGCUUUGGCCUACCACGCCCUGGGCGACCUGCCUCAAGCUUUGGCCUGGUACCACAGGGCCCUGGGUCACUACCAGCCACUAGGCGACCAUGGGCAAGUCCAGGCCAAAAUGGGAGCCUGCUACCAGGCUCUGGGACAGCCUGAGCUGGCAGCCCACUGUCUGCAGGAGGCAAGCCGGGCCUACGCCCAAGCAGGGCAGCCCCAGGCUGCGGCCUUGGCCUUGGGGGCUGCGGCGGGGUGUAUGCUGAAGAGCGGGCGACAUGGGGUGGGCGCGGUGACGCGGGUGCUGGAGGAGAGCCGGAGGCUCGCUGAGAGGAGCCCUGAGCACAGACUGCUGGGGCAUCUCUAUAACGACCUAGGCCUGAGCUACUGCCAGCUCCAGCUGUUCCCGCUUGCAGCGGAGGCCUUCCUGCGGGCCCUGCCCCUGUGUCGCGGGCCGGGAGAGGAGGCCACAGUGCUGAGAAACCUCGGGACGGCCCACAGUGCCCUCGGCAACUACCGGCAAGCCCGGGAGUGUCACCAGAAGGCUGCUGACCUGCACGGCUCCGGGGGGCAGCGGCGGGAGCAGGGCCGGAGCUUUGGCAGCCUGGCGUUUGUACUGAGCCAGCUGGGGGACCACAGGGCAGCCAGAGACAACUACCUACACGCCCUGCAGGCGGCCCGGGACACUGGGGACACGAAGGGCCAAUGGCAGGCCUGCGAGGGGCUGGGGGCUGCCGCAGCCAGACUGGGGCAGCACGACCAGGCCUUGACGUACUAUAAGGAGGCGCUGGCUCGGAGUCAGAAGGAGCCAGACUCUGUGCGGGACCGGCUGGUGGCCAAGCUGGAGGACGCCAUGAGGACCCACCUGGCCCGGGCCGGGCUCGUCCCCACACAUGCCCUGACUUUGGCUCCAGGGAGGCCCCAGGCUCCAGGAGGGCCGGGAAGGGGCAGAGUGGAAGUGAGGCACAGGUGA